UUCAUGAUGACUUAUAUAUAAUCCGUAUAUACUAAAACGUGUUAAUUUCGGAGAAAUAAGGAUAUUUUGAUACAUGUCAAAAUCAUGUGACGCGUAUUGACCAAUGAAAUUGUCGCAUUUUCAAUUCUGGCUAUAUAAACUAUUUAGUCAACGGGAUGGUUGGUAAUGUUAUUGACGGAUGAUAAUGGAUCCUUGCUGAAUCUAGCGGAUAGAAUGGUCUUGAAGAGCCAUCCGACACUGCAAAGGUUUCAGCAGAAUGCCCCGGCCAACAGUUCAGGAUAGAUGAUUUCACAGUUUUCCACAAGCCUUAUGUGACUUGUGAUGACUGGGAAAAUAAAAGUUUCCCGGGAGGAAUUCAGUGUUCCUGACAGUCCCUUUUGUCUGACAGGAAGAUAAUGCAGACAGACAUGACUAGGGAAGGAGGCGACUCCAUUCUUAGCCCUGGCAGGCACAACUCUGCCAGUGAAUGUAAUUACACAAGCGAUUCAGAAAGAUCUACCGACAUAAAAAUGGAAAACAACCUGAACGAUUCCGACAUGAAUGAUGGAGCAUCACCAAGUUCCGUAAACCAGAACUCUACUAGCAAUGGACGUAGUACCAAUCAACUGCAAUAUCUUCAAAAGUCAGUCAUGAAGGCUCUGUGGCGGCACCAGUAUGCUUGGCCAUUCCAUAAACCUGUAGAUGCAGACUCCUUAAACUUGCCUGAUUACUACAAGAUAAUCAAACAUCCUAUGGAUUUAGGAUCAAUAAAGAAGAGACUGGAAACCAAUUACUACUUUUCCGCCACAGAAUGCAUACAAGACUUUAACCAGAUGUUUACAAAUUGUUAUAUUUACAACAAACCUGGGGAGGAUAUUGUACUCAUGGCUCAAGUGCUGGAAAAAGUUUUUCUGCAGAAGGUUGCUCAAAUGCCCUCAGAAGAAAAAGAGAUUCUUCCUCAAGCAAGGAAAACUCCGAAGUCUGCCAAACUGUCUGGUGCUGCAGCCAAUAAAGCUCUCGGUGCCAAGCCGGUUGAUGCUGAACCAGCUAAACCUGUGCCGCCACCUCCUUUACCCACCCCUUCUUCUACUUUACAACCAACCACUGCAGCCGUAGCCCCAUCCUCCACAACAGCUGUGACUGCGGCACCAGCAUCAAUCUCAUCAACAACAACCACAUCAACCAACACUGUCAUGGAAUCAACACAGUUCAACACAACACACAAUGCCAUAGAGCCAGCAAUUGUUCCUCCAUCACAACCUAUUAAGACAAAAAGAGGAGUAAAACGGAAAGCUGAUACAACAACCCCAGUUGUGUCCUCCUCACCAUAUGAUCCUGUGUUUGAUCCAAGUCCCAAAGUAGAAAAACUGGUUUCCCCAAAGGUUACUCCAGCGAAGGUUUUGUCUACUAAGGUCCUCCCAGCAAAGGUUACACCUGCGAGGAGGGAAAGCAAUAGGCAAAUAAAAAAACCAAAGCGAGAUUUACCAUCCGAAGAACCAGUCGGAGAGCAGGCACAGCACAAUUUGAAAAACAAAAAGGGAAAACUCUCUCCACAGUUGAAGUAUUGCAGUAAUUUUGUCAAGGAAUUGUUUGCCAAAAAGCAUGCUAGCUAUGCUUGGCCAUUUUAUAAGCCAGUUGAUGCCAAUCUUCUGGGUUUACAUGAUUACCAUGAAAUUAUUAAAAAGCCUAUGGAUCUAGGCUCCAUAAAAAGAAAAUUGGAAACAAGGGAGUAUUCAUGUCCUUCAGAGUUUGCUGAGGAUGUGCGGUUAAUUUUCACAAACUGUUAUCGUUACAACCCCCCAGAUAGUGAUGUAGUUAUGAUGGCAAAGAAGCUACAGGAUGUUUUUGAAAUGAAGUAUGCAAAAAUGCCUGAACUUCCUGACUUGCCAGAAACAACAGGGAAUGGGGGGUUAAAGAGUGAUAGUGAAAGUUCAUCUGCAGAGGAAUCACCUACAGAUGAUGAUGACAGUGAGGAGGAGCGAGAGCAGAAGAUCAAGGAACUGCAGGAAACAAUGAAGCAGAUACAAGAACAGUUGCAACAGUUAACAGAAGAACAUAUGCAAAAAUUAAAGCAAAAAACUGAAAGACGUGAAAGAAAGGAGAAAAGACUUGUUAAAAAGAAAUCUAAAGUCAAAGAAGAUGUGAAAGAUAAAGUGACAGAACCUUUAAAUGUGCCAUCUCAGCCACAACUUGUGCAAUUGCCGGCUGCAGACACCUCUAAGCCUGCUAAAAGUGUCAAGACAAAGGCAAAUAAGCAGAAGUCGCCUUCUGAAUCUAAACGCAAGCGAGCAGGUCGCUCACAAAAUAGUUCCAAGAAAAAUAAAAGUGCAACGGUGGCUGUAUCUCAGUUACAGCCACCAACUCCAGCAUUUGAUAGUGAUGAUGAGGACAAUGCAAAGCCAAUGACCUAUGAUGAAAAAAGACAAUUAAGUUUGGAUAUAAAUAAGUUGCCUGGAGAUAAAUUAGGAAGAGUAGUGUAUAUAAUACAAUCCAGAGAACCGUCCUUACGAGAUUCCAAUCCAGAUGAAAUAGAAAUAGACUUUGAAACUUUAAAACCUUCAACAUUACGGGAAUUAGAAGCUUAUGUGAUGUCUUGUUUAAAAAAGAAAACAAGAAAAACAUACACGAAAAAAGGAGCUGGAAAGUCUCGUGAAGAAGCCCAGAGUGAAAAGAAAAAGGAGCUAGAAAAACGGUUACAGGAUGUUCAGGGUCAGCUAGGAGGAUCGCACAAGAAAACUGGUAGCAAGAAAGAUGAUGGCAACGCAGCAGAUGGUGGGGCCAGUCGCUUGAGUGCCAGCAGCAGUAGUUCAUCCGGCAGUGACUCCAGUACAGAUAGUAGCUCAUCCAGUUCUUCCGAUUCCAGCGACUCUGAGUCAGGAUCACCAAACAAGAAGACAAAAGGUCAUUCAAAGAGAGGCGGAACUCCAAAACAAGGCAAAGGGAAAUUCAAUAAGCGGCAGAUGCCACCAAAUGCUUCUGGACCCAUGUCGCCACCAGUGAAGAUUACAAUUGGUGCAGGGAUGAUGUCGCCAAAGCAACCACAGCAACUGCAGUCUCCACCCCCACUGGUUCAGACACGCCCCUCGAUGCCUCCAGUGAUUCCUCCAGGACAGCAAACUCUUCCACCCAAUGACCACUUUUCAUCACUUCCUACAGACACUGGUGGGUAUGGGCAGAUACCUCCCAGAAUGGGAAAGUCUGACCCUCUCCAGUUACCUGCCUAUCCACCAUCUACACAGCAUCAGAUAGCUCAUCAGCCUCAACCAACCCAUGUACAACCUACAUCAGUGGUGGGCCAGCCAAUGUCAGUCAUACAACAGAAACCAGCUUCCCCUGGCAGAGUACCCGCACCAUCAAGACCAGUGACUCAUUCGCUGCCACAGCAGCCUAGUCGACCUAGUGCCAUGGCCACAGCAAAGCCUCCGUCAAGACCCAUAGCUUCUAAACCAGUCUCAUUAGCAAACCAUGUUGGAACCUCACGUCCAUCACCUAUACAGUCACCUCCCAUUAUUGUGAGUUCACCUGUCAAGGCAUACCCAGAUUCCAAACCACUGUCACCCCCAAUGAUGAUGGAACGUUCACAAUCUCGAGGAUCAGAGCAGAUGACACGUUUUUUCCUUAGUGAUGAAGACUCGAGCAACAGUCCCAAGCAUAGUCCACCAAAGAAUGCCCCACCAGCACCUCCAGGAGCAACUAUUUCUGCGAGUGGUGUAGGUAUAUCGUUUGGAGUGGGCAGCAAUAACACAAUGCCAGGUGGAGGUGAUCCUGGACGUAAGCCAGACAAAAACAUGCUUUCUCAGGUUAAAAAGGAUCAGUUAAAACUGAAGAACGCGGGGUCUUGGACCAGUUUAGCAAACAUGGGAGCUGCCCCAGCUUCAUCAAAGAAGUAUACAUCCCAGAGUUUUGAGAUCUUCAAAAAGCAAGCCAAAGAAAAGGAAGAAAGGGAACGAGCAUUUAAAGAGCAAGCAGAACAAUUCAAGAUCCAGAAAAUAAAUGCUGAAAAGGAACGCCAUCGGCAGGAACAAGAAAAAAUCAGGGAAAGGGAAGAAGAGGAUGCUUUGGCAAGUGCAAGACGAGCCCAAGCUCUGCAAGAAGAGAUACUCAAACAAAAAGAAGCAGAACGCAAUGCAGCAAAGCAACGGGAACGCAUGAAGGAACAGGAACGACGGAGAAGAGAGGCUAUGGCACAUAGGAUAGAUAUGAAUGCACAGAGUGAGCUGAUGGCGUCAUUUGAGGAAAUGCUGUGAGGAAUGCUGUUGACAUUAAUAUUGGCACUUGACAAUGAUGUGAGCUGCUGAGAUCAUCAACAUGUUUCAGACUCAAUUUCAAGCUUUAAAGAUUUAAAGCAGACAAUGGAUGCUAGAUUGCUCUUCCUGUCAAAGCAGUGUAGUUCAUGAAGAGAGUACUUGGAUGUUGUGCAGUUUUACUGGCUCUUGUACUGCCCCAAGAUGGCUGUGACAAUGGCCUCUAUGGACAAAAAAACUUGAUCCAUUGCCAGUGAAUGAAAUACAGAGAGUAAUAUUGAAUAUCAAAUAAAUAUCAUGAUGGCAAUUAAGCACCGUCCAUCGUGGUAGAAGCAAUACUGAACGCUAUGUGUGAAAUUGUAGUUUCUCUGUGAAACAAGGCUGAAUCUGUUGGUGUUGAAAAAAAGAAGUCUGCAGUAGAAAUUUUUGCCUGUUUGUUAACAUGGACAAAACAUAGUUAUGCUGUAGAACAGACGUAUAUGAUUUUAUCGUCUUUUAACAGAAACAGCUUGUAAACUUGAUGCUGUAUAUAAGAGUGGAACAUUUGAUGAGGAUGACAUGUAAUGAACAUUACUAAUAUAUCAGUGAUGUGGUUUGUUGAAGACUAGAUAGAUAUCAAGAAUGGUGCUUUUAUAACCUGGUUCAGUCUAAACUUCAUUCAGUGUGAUUACACAUGUUGUAUGUAAAAGUAGAUAAAAAGUCUUUAUACUAUUGUAACUCUGAAACUUGAGUGUCGUAAACUUUGUCCUUUAUUGUAUAUUUUCAUCGGAAGCUAAAAGCGACACAAGUUCUUAUCUGUGGAAAAUAUGACUGUCUUGUGUAUGAAAUACAUUUAAGGCAUUCAUGUUAUGAAUAAGGAAACUGUCACUUAACAUGAUGGAAAUUAUAUUAUAAUGUAAUCUCUGGGAAGGGCAUCUUGCCAAUUUAUUACAUAAAUGAAGCAACAAUUACGCAUAUUGUGUUCCCAAAGCAAAAAAAUAAAUGUUGUGCAUUCUUAAAUCCACUAGAGUCAUGAACUGUUAAUCUGGUCACCAACAUUCCAAAGAAAAAAAUCUGGAAGAAAAUGUAUGGGAAUGGGCUUGUUAUGGGAACAAAUCCACAACCAGAAUCAUUAAUCAGGGAGAUAUGUAGUCCAGAUUUUGUUUGGAAUGUACAAGUGUUCAAAUUAAUGAGUGCAGACUACAUUGUAGGUUUUCAAAAUUCAUAUCUUGUGUAAAUCUUAAAUGUUGUCAUCAGGUUUUAUAUGUGUGUUUAUGUAUGUUAGUAGAUGGAUGGCUGGGUCAUUGAGCAGAAGUGGGAACAGGAAUUUCCUCUGGUUCAGGAAACUUAAAUAUUAUAUAUGGUCAGAUUUUAUUAAUUAGGUUGUUAAACUUGGAUCGUUUGAAGUUUUGAAAAUUGGUAUGAUUGAAUUAAAAAUCUCUAGAGAGAGAUCGAUGUGUACAGAUUAAUAAAAGUAAUAUAUGAAAUCUCGACCUCUGAGUAUUGUUGUGUAAUUAUUUCUGGUAGUUCUUGUUAUACCUCCUUUGUUUAAUGCCAAAAUCCUGUUUUUAUGAUAAAUGAUGGCACAUCAAUAAUAAAUUCACUUCAAGAUUUUUUUAUCUCAAAUGUCAAUCAGCAGUUAAUAGGUUUAAAUUGUUGAAAGAAAUUCAUAUUUGUAAUAUUUGUAUGUUUUUUAACCAUCAAUUUGAUGUGAAAUGUACUCUCUUGGAACUCAUCAUAAGGGAAGUUGGUUGGCAGGCAGAUAUUCAGUCUCCAACUCAUAUCAAACGUUUAAACCAAUUCAUAUGAAGAUUGGUUAACAGAUUAAAGAUUUCAAUAAGUUUGACAAAUGUGUCUACGUCUAUUCAAAUAAUUGUGGACUUUUUACAACAAAAUUACUGAAUCCCUGCAUCUUUCUGUUAAACUUCUGUUACAUUCUGUCUCGAUGGUAGCAAGCUUUGUCAUUAUGGAAUUUGAAAGGUCAUAUCAUGGUUUGAUUUUGUACUGAACUGUGCUGCUUUUUACUAGUAUGGGAUGAGAGAGCCAUCUCAUUAUUUCAUUUGUUGAAUAGGAGGAAAUUUUGUUCCUUUUGUAAAUUAUAGCAACAUUUUCAUGCCUUCAUUUAAAUGUUUCUCUUAAAUUUUUUUCACAAUUGCAUCAUUUCACAUGUGAGUUGUCAAGUCAGUUUGGUGUGACUGUUCAUUCAUAGCAGUGAUGUAGAUAUUUCAUGAACAUCUUCAUAUUAUCAUAAGAUAUUAUAUACAUAGUAAAACUAGGUGUAAAUGAAUCACAAAGGUGCAGUACAUGUACAUUUUGUUUGUGUAAUUUAUUCCAAUAUUGUUUUUGAUAGCAGCUGAUUGUACAUACCCAUAUAAUCCUUCCUCACCAGUGGUCACAUUACAAGACUCAUUCCAUUUUGAGUCCCAAAAAGUAAGUGGGAGUCCAUCAUCAUACAUCCAUUUCCACUUGCAUUUGAGCAUAAUAAUGUUUGAUUACAUGUUGAGUGAUUCUGUCUAGAAGAUAUUGUACUGGCACAUUGACUUUUAAUUCAUAGCCUGACAUGUUAAAAUCGCUCUCUAGUACUUCAAAAUCUUUGUGCAAUGAGAAUAUACAUUAAAUUUGAGCUCAAGUAUUUGACCAUAGUUGUAUCUGUCAAUUUAAUGUUAAUCAGGUAAGAAAACCUUUUGAAAUUUUCUUCACCAUAACAACAGUUGAAAUUAAUGUCUUCAAAUCUUUUGUGAUCACAGUUUCUUUUAAAAUGCAGCACUGUUUUAGGAAAGAAAACAAUUUGUAGUCAGAAGAUUUUCCUUUCAUCAUAUAUCAACUACAUUUACCAAAGAUCUUGUCAUGCUAAUGUAUUAAUGUGUUUAGUGUUGUGGAAUAUAAUUGGCAACAUCAUCUUUAUUGAAGAUGUAUAGCCCUUGAUUGGCUACUGUGUUUCUCUCUUUUUUUUAUCAUUUUUCUCCCUUUUUUAUUUUUUUAUUUUCAAGGACUGAUCUAUUAAUUUUGAAAUUGAAUCAUCCAAAAUAUUUUCCUUGACAGACUUGUUAGACCAGCCUGUAUCUACAUUAGUAUCAACAUUCUAUAAUGCCAGCUGUUGACAGUCUGUUCCAACUUAAUAAUGGAAAGGAAACUUAAUACUCUACUGGUAUAUCGUGUGAAAACGGAACCUUGCAGGGUUAAGUCAGUCAGUCCCACACUGCUUCUUAUGUCAAAUACAAAUUUCUCUGGCAUAUUACUAUCUUCAGUAGCAGAAUUGUAACUUUGCAUACUUGUGUGGUCUGUCAUGGCAGAAUUGUGUAAAAUGACAAGUCUUAUAUAUCAUACGCUGUUGAUUGUUUUGCUGCAGCUUGUAAUCUCAAAUCGUUGAUCACUUUAAUCAAUUAUCAUGUCAAUAUUACAUGAAAAAAAAUAAAGUACUUCAUGACCUA